AUGGCUGAGGAACGCACUCUUAAGGAGUAUUCGAUCCCUUCUUCAGCUGAGCCAUGUACUAUUAUAGUUUACUCAACGGUUGAAGCUGCAGGUGGUGCCCUAAUGAACAAGGAUUUCACAACAGCUUACGCCUUAAUUGAGGACAUGGCUCUAAACCUUUUUCAAUGGACGGAAGAAAAAGCAAUCAUCAAUCCUUCACCCUCUAAAAAAGAGGCAGGUAUGGACGAAACCUCUUCCUUUGACUAUCUAUCUACCAGGCUCUCCCAAGUAGUUCAUAAGGUUGACCAUCCCAACAAAAUGAAUGCUGUUACACUUAGGAGUGGCAAGCCACUCGAAGACCCCGUAAGGAGAGCCAAAUCCAAUGACAGUGAGAAAGAGAUCUGCGAACCACGAGUUGAGGAAAACACACCACCUCCCUUUAAGCCGAAAAUUCCUUUCCCACAAAGGUUUGCCAAAUCUAAGCUAGAUGAGCAAUUUAAAAAGUUCAUAGAGAUGAUGAACAAAAUAUACAUUGAUGUGCCUUUCACCGAAGUCUUAACCCAAAUGCCUACCUAUGCUAAAUUUUUGAAAGAAAUCCUUUCUAAAAAGAGAAAAAUUGAGGAAGGUGAGACGGUUAACCUUACGGAAGAAUGCAGUGCCAUCAUCCAAAAUAAAUUGCCACCAAAGCUUAAAGACCCAGGCAGUUUUUCCAUACCUUGUGUCAUAGGGUCAGAAGUAGUGAAGAAAGCUAUGUGUGAUCUAGGAGCCAGUGUCAGCCUAAUGCCUUUAUCCCUUUACGAGAGGUUGGGAAUAAGGGAACUUAAAUCGACAAGGAUGACCCUACAACUAGCGGACCGUUCUGUUAAGUAUCCAGCUGGAAUCAUAGAAGAUGUCCCCGUUAAGGUAGGAGAGAUAUACAUCCCCGCUGAUUUUGUUGUAAUGGAGAUGGAGGAAGACAACCAAGUACCAAUUCUUUUAGGAAGACCUUUUCUUGCUACCGCAGGAGCCAUCAUUGAUGUAAAAAAGGAUAUAAUUGACCAUUGCGUGAAAGAGUGCUCUUUAGCAUCAUCUACACAUGAUGGUUUGGAAGUAUGCUUGGUAAACAGUGCAGGUACAAAACUGGAAGGGGAGGCAAAAGCUUAUGAAGAGCUGUUGAAUAGAACUCCUCCAAUGGAAGGUCUAAGUGUGGAGGAGUUAGUAAAAGAAGAACCAGCACUUCUACCCAAGGAGGCACCGAAAGUAGAGCUUAAACCGCUCCCAUCAAAUCUAAGGUAUGAAUUCUUGGGCCCUAACUCUACCUAUCCUGUUAUUGUAAAUGCAAGCCUCGAUGAAGUAGAAACUGAAAAGUUACUUUAUGUCCUCAAGAAGUAUCCUAAAGCUAUAGGGUACACCAUUGACGACAUUAAAGGAAUAAAUCCUUCAUUAUGCAUGCAUAGGAUACUUCUUGAAGAAGACUACAAACCCUCCAUUGAGCAUCAAAGAAGGCUAAAUCCUAAUAUGAAAGAACUUGUGAAAAAAGAAGUUUUAAAACUCCUAGAUGCAGGUGUUAUUUAUCCAAUUUCUGAUUCCAAAUGGGGUAGCCCCGUGCAAGUUGUACCUAAAAAGGGUGGUCUCACAGUUAUUAAAAAUGAUAAAAAUGAAUCCAUUGCCACUAGGACCGUCACCGGUAUAGAGGUAGAUAAAGCAAAAAUCGAAAUUAUUGAAAAAAUGCUACCUCCUACCUCAGUCAAAGAAAUUAGAAGUUUCCUAGGACAUGCAGGGUUCUACCGCCGUUUCAUUAAAGAUUUUUCAUCAAUCACUAAACCACUAACAAGCCUCCUUCUUAAGGACGCAGACUUUGUGUUCGAUAAUGCUUGUUUGCAGGCAUUUUGCAGGUUGAAAGAAGCACUAAUCACUGCCCCAAUCAUACAACCACCAGAUUGGAGUUUUCCCUUUGAAAUAAUGUGUGACGCAAGUGACUAUGCGGUUGGGACGGUGUUAGGUCAGAGAAAGGAAAAAAAGAUGCAUGCCAUAUACUACGCCAGUAAGACCCUAGAUGGGGCACAGGUAAAUUAUGCCACAACAGAAAAAGAACUGCUAGCAGUUGUCUACGCCAUUGACAAAUUUCGGCAAUACUUGGUAGGAUCAAAAAUCAUUGUUUACACAGAUCACUCGGCCAUAAAAUACUUGCUAAACAAAAAAGAUGCCAAACCGAGAUUGAUCCGAUGGAUUUUGCUCCUCCAAGAAUUUCACCUUGAAAUAAAAGAUAAAAAGAGUGUAGAAAAUGUUGUCGCUGACCACUUGUCCCGACUUCGGGAGACCUCACGUCCUACACUAUUACCCUUGGAUGAUUCCUUCCCGGAUGACCAACUCUUCUUAUUGGCACAAACUGACACACCUUGGUAUGCAGAUUUUGUUAAUUUUCUUGCAGCAGGAGUGCUACCGCCUGAGUUCAGCCACCAACAAAAGAAGAAGUUCUUCAAUGAUCUCAAGCACUACUAUUGGGAUGAGCCCUACCUCUUCAGAAGAGGCUCAGAUGGGAUUUUCAGGAGAUGCAUUCCUGAAAACGAGGUAAGUAGUAUUCUAACUCAUUGUCAGUCCUCUUCUUAUGGUGGCCACGCCAGUACACAAAAGACUUCUUUCAAAAUUCUUCAUUCUGGUUUCUGGUGGCCAUCACUCUUCAAAGAUGUGCAUUCCUUUAUUUCUAAAUGUGACAAAUGUCAACGCACCGGUAGUAUUACUAAAAGAAAUGAAAUGCCUUUGAACAACAUCCUUGAAGUCGAAAUUUUUGAUGUUUGGGGUAUUGACUUUAUGGGACCAUUCCCCUCCUCUUUUGGGAAUCAAUACAUAUUAGUAGCAGUUGACUAUGUGUCCAAAUGGGUUGAAGCCAUUGCUUCCCCCACUAAUGAUACACAAAUUGUUAUAAAACUGUUUAAAAAAGUCAUCUUUCCUAGGUUCGGAGUGCCAAGGGUUGUGAUAAGCGAUGGAGGGUCUCACUUCAUUUCAAGACAUUUUGAAAAACUUUUGCAAAAACUUGGAGUGAGGCACAAAAUUGCGACACCCUAUCACCCCCAAACUAGCGGACAAGUGGAGGUCUCAAAUAGACAAAUCAAAGCUAUCCUUGAAAAAACUGUUUCAACCUCUAGGAAAGAUUGGUCAAGUAAGCUUGACGAUGCCCUUUGGGCCUAUCGAACGGCUUAUAAAACUCCCAUUGGGAUGACUCCUUUUAAAAUUGUCUAUGGGAAAUCUUGUCACCUUCCCGUUGAGCUUGAGCAUAAGGCCUAUUGGGCAAUUAGAAACCUCAACUUAGACCCCAAUUUAGCCGGUGAAAAAAGAAAGCUUCAAUUAAGCGAGCUAGAAGAACUUAGGAUAGAUGCCUAUGAGAAUGCCCGCAUUUAUAAAGAAAGGACUAAGAAUUGGCAUGACAAGAAAAUCGUCAAGAAGCACUUCAAAAGCGGUGACCUUGUGCUACUCUUUAAUUCUAGGCUAAAGCUCUUCCCCGGUAAACUAAGGUCACGAUGGUCCGGUCCUUUUCAAGUUCGCACAGUCUACCCUUAUGGGGCGAUUGAAAUAUUUUCUGAAGAAACAGGAUCCUUCACGGUUAAUGGGCAAAGGCUUAAAAUCUAUAAUACCGGAGAAGUAAAUGAAGUAGUGGCUGAUUUCACUCUGAGCCACAAGAGUAAUGUUUGCAAUGGUGAGGAGAAGUGCUUCCGAUGUGGAAAGAAGGGGCAUACGAUAGCUGAAUGCAAGCGUGGUGAUAUUGUUUGUUUCAAAUGUGAUGAAGAAGGCCAUCUUAGUUCGCAGUGCAAGAAUCCUAAGAAGGCUCAAGCAAGUGGAAGGGUGUUUGCUUUAGCUGGUACUCAGACAGCAGAUGGGGAUCGUCGGAUCUGGGCUCAAGCUGUACGGAAACAACCAAAUGUUGGUGCUGGUGCAAAUGCCGAGCCUUAUAAUGCUCCGGCUGAUAAGGGUAAGCAGAGGGUGAAUGUUGAGAGAAGACCCAAGAAGAAGGAUACACCUAUUGAAAUUGUUUGUUACCGAUGUGGAGAGAAAGGUCAUAAGAGUAACACUUGUAUUGGUGAUGUGAAACAGUGUUUUCGUUGUGGUAGGAAGGGACAUACAAUUGCAGAUUGCAAGCAUGAUGAUAUAGUUUGCUUUAACUGUGGAGAAGAAGGAUAUAUUAGCCCUCAGUGUAAGAACCCUAAGAAAGUUCCGUCUAGUGGGAAGGUGUUUGCUUUAGCUGGUACUCAGACAGCGAAUGAGGAUCGUCUAAUCAGAGGUACAUGUUUCAUUAAUAGCACUCCUUUAAUUACUAUUAUAGAUACUAGUGUUACACAUUUUUUUAUUGUUGCUGAUUGUGCUACUAAGUUGGGUCUUGUUAUGUCGUCUAUGAAUGGGGAAAUGGUUGUCGAAACCCCAGCUAAGGGUUCGGUGACUACUUCUCUAGUAUGCUUGAAGUGUCCUUUGUCGAUGUUUGGUAGAGUUUUGCAGUGGACUUAG